UAUACGCCUCGCUCUUAAAUUAUUUCCACAUUAUUCCUCCACUCUUAAUCAAUCAUCACAUCAUUAACCAAACCUUCACCUCCCCUCCCCCACCUCUCUCUCUCUCUCGAUCUCUCUCCACGUCUCUCGACCUAUCUCUCUCCCUCUUUAAAUACUCCCCCACUCUCUCCUCUUUGCUUCAUCUCACAACACUAAAUCUCUCUACACUUGCAUAAAAAUAUAUAUGGGAAAGGACGGAGAAGUGGCGGAGCAGAGUGGGUUCUCGUCCAAGGACUACCAUGAUCCGCCACCCGCGGCGUUUAUCGGCACUGAUGAGCUCACCAAAUGGUCAUUCUACAGGGCUUUGAUAGCUGAGUUCAUAGCCACCCUUCUCUUCUUGUACAUCACUGUUUUGACUGUUAUUGGGUACAAGAGCCAGUCUUCUACGGACCAGUGCGGUGGAGUUGGGCUUCUGGGCAUAGCGUGGGCCUUCGGUGGCAUGAUCUUUGUCCUUGUUUACUGCACUGCCGGCAUCUCCGGAGGACACAUAAACCCAGCGGUGACAUUCGGGUUAUUUCUGGCGAGGAAAGUGUCACUAAUAAGGGCAGUGAUGUAUAUGGUGGCACAGUGUUUGGGUGCGAUCUGUGGGGUAGGGUUGGUGAAGGCCUUCCAAAAGUCUUACUAUAACAGGUAUGGUGGAGGGGCCAACGAGCUGGCUGAUGGUUACAACAAAGGCACUGGCCUAGGUGCCGAAAUUAUUGGCACUUUUGUUCUUGUCUACACAGUCUUCUCAGCCACGGAUCCUAAGCGAAAUGCUAGAGAUUCCCAUGUCCCUGUUCUGGCUCCCCUGCCUAUUGGAUUCGCGGUGUUCAUGGUUCACUUGGCCACAAUUCCGAUCACUGGGACCGGUAUCAACCCUGCUAGGAGUUUCGGAGCUGCAGUUAUCUAUAACAAAGAGAAAGCCUGGGAUGAUCAGUGGAUAUUCUGGGUCGGACCCUUCAUCGGUGCUGCCAUAGCUGCAUUCUACCACCAGUUCAUUCUCAGAGCAGCAGCUGUCAAGGCUCUUGGAUCCUUUAGGAGCAAUGCCUAAUUAAUUUAAUUAUCUUUUCUUAAUUCACCAGCAAGGAUGGGUUAUCGAUUAAUUGCAUUUAUCAGUACCCUUAAUCAAGGAUCGAAGAAGUCUGGUUGAGCAAAAUGUGAAAUUAAUUAGAGAGGGAAAGGCCAUGGAAUUGUAGAUAUAUGUAAUUCAUGAUAUCUAUGCUGUAUUUUCAGGUUCCGCAUGGUGUGUGAUCAUAUUUUAUUUUCUUGGCAUUUUUAGAUUUUCUUUGUUCUCGUGUUAAGUUUUAAAUCAAAUAUUUUGUACUGGGACGGUUGUUCAUAAAUCAAGAAGAUGGUUUGUUGUUUAA